GCCGCUCCUUUCUCCCUCCUCUUUUCUCUGUCACUCCACCAAGAGCACGGCCGAACCCUAACACCCACACGCUCCGCGACGGUGACGUUCUGGUGGUGGCAGCCUCCGGUGAACUCCCUUCCUGACAGCGUCGCCUCCCCUUUUGACCAAGUUCGUAAGAAAAUAUGGAAAGGAAACGGGGCUGAACUGUUCCGCGUUGUUGUCCGAGUCGGAGUCGGAGUCGGAGUCGGUGUCAAAUCGGACGUUCUUUCGGACACUUUGUCUUUAAAGACCCGUCGUGCUCUCUCUAUCUCUCUCUCUCUCUCUGGCUCUCUCUCUCGGAGAAGAAGCAUCGAGUGGGGAGGUCUUGAUCUCUGUUUUCUUUCUCGAUCUGGCAAGGGGCCAUGACUUCGAACAAUGUUCUUAGGGCCAGUCGAUCCGUGCGGGUAGCCUCGUCAUCCGAUUCACAGCAGGGCGAUGGUAGACCACCUAAUGCGCCCGUCGUGACCUUUGCCCGACGGACUCCGUCGGGCCGGUACGUCAGCUACUCCAGGGACGAUCUUGACAGUGAUUUCGGCAGCCGUGAUUUUGACAAGGAAUACAUGAACUAUCAUGUCCACAUCCCGCCGACUCCCGACAACCAACCGAUGGAUACUGUUAUCUCUGCCAAGGUUGAAGAGCAAUACGUCUCGAAUUCACUGUUUACCGGUGGAUGCAACAGUGUCACUCGCGCUCAUCUGAUGGACAAGGUCAUCGAGUCAGUGGCCAACCAUCCACAGAUGGCUGGUGCCAAGGGCUCAUCUUGCGCUAUGCCGGGAUGCGACUCAAAGGUCAUGAGCGACGAGCGAGGGGUUGAUAUCCUCCCUUGUGAGUGCGACUUCAAGAUCUGUGCUGAGUGCUUUUCGGAUGCAGUGAAGGUUGGUGGCGGGAUCUGUCCAGGAUGCAAAGAACCAUACAAGACUACAGAAUUGGAGGAGGUGGUCAACAAUGCUGUGGCUGGACAACCGCUCUCGCUGCCAGCUCCACAUGGAGUGUCGAAGAUGGAGAGGAGGCUUUCGAUAAUGAGGUCACAGAAGAUGACCAGAAGUCAGACGGGUGAUUGGGAUCACAACCGUUGGCUCUUUGAGACGAAGGGGACCUAUGGCUACGGUAAUGCAAUUUGGCCGACGGAGGAUAGAGGUGAAGGGGGGGAUGGAGGAAAUGAACAGCCUACAGAACUGAUGAACAAACCAUGGAGACCACUCACUCGAAAGUUGAAGAUCCCUGCUGCAGUAUUAAGUCCGUAUAGGCUCCUCAUUGUUAUCCGCAUGGCUUUUCUUGCCCUGUUUCUUGCAUGGAGAAUAAAGCACAAAAAUGAGGAUGCAGUUUGGCUGUGGGGGAUGUCUGUCGUCUGUGAGCUGUGGUUCGCAUUUUCCUGGCUGUUGGAUCAACUCCCAAAACUCUGCCCUGUGAACCGUGCUGCUGACCUCGCCAUUCUAAGGGAAAAGUUUGAGACUCCUUCGGCAAACAACCCUAGUGGAAAAUCUGAUCUUCCAGGUAUUGAUGUCUUUGUCUCCACAGCGGACCCUGAGAAAGAACCUCCACUUGUAACGGCAAAUACCAUACUCUCCAUCCUUGCUGCUGAUUACCCUGUAGAAAAGCUAGCAUGCUAUGUUUCAGAUGAUGGUGGUGCCCUUUUGACUUUUGAAGCAAUGGCUGAGGCUGCUAGCUUCGCCAAUAUCUGGGUUCCUUUCUGCCGUAAACAUGGUGUUGAGCCUAGGAACCCAGAAAGUUACUUUAAUUUGAAGAGAGAUCCAUACAAGAACAAGGUGCGAUCUGACUUUGUCAAAGACCGGAGGCGGGUAAAGAGAGAGUAUGAUGAAUUCAAGGUUCGAAUCAAUGGGUUGCCUGAUUCAAUCCGACGGCGGUCUGAUGCAUACCAUGCACGUGAAGAGAUCAAAGCAAUGAAACGACAAAGGGAGGUUGCAGGUGAUGAUCCAGUAGAACCCGUGAAGAUUCCUAAAGCUACAUGGAUGGCCGAUGGCACCCACUGGCCUGGAACUUGGAUGAACCCCUCAUCGGAGCACACUCGGGGUGAUCAUGCUGGAAUCAUUCAGGUAAUGUUGAAACCUCCAAGUCAUGAACCAUUAUUUGGGAACAACGAAGAGGGUAGGCCACUAGAUUUCACUGAUAUAGAUAUUCGUCUUCCCAUGCUGGUCUAUGUCUCUCGUGAGAAGCGUCCAGGAUAUGACCACAACAAGAAGGCUGGGGCUAUGAAUGCUCUCGUUCGUGCCUCAGCAAUUAUGUCAAAUGGCCCUUUCAUUCUCAACCUUGACUGCGACCACUAUGUCUAUAACUCGCAGGCCCUCCGAGAGGGCAUGUGCUUCAUGAUGGAUCGUGGUGGUGACCGCAUCUGCUACGUCCAGUUUCCUCAGAGGUUUGAGGGCAUAGAUCCUUCUGAUCGUUAUGCCAACAACAACACAGUCUUCUUUGAUGUCAACAUGCGAGCUCUUGAUGGCCUUCAGGGGCCAGUUUAUGUUGGUACUGGCUGCCUUUUCCGACGUAUUGCUCUCUAUGGCUUUGAUCCUCCUCGAUCCAAAGAACAACAUGGUGGAUGCUGCAGCUGCUGUUUUCCCCAAAAGCACAAGACUCACGCAGCUGUGGCAUCUGAAGAGACACGGGCUCUUCGCAUGGGAGACUCUGAAGAUGAUGAGAUGGCCAUGUCUACUUUUCCUAAGAAAUUUGGAAAUUCAACCUUUCUCAUUGACUCCAUUCCUGUUUCUGAGUUCCAAGGACGCCCUCUUGCUGAUCAUCCAGCUGUUAAGAAUGGUCGUGCACCUGGUCUCCUAACCGCUCCUCGUGACCUUCUUGAUGCAUCCACUGUAGCUGAAGCAAUCAGUGUUAUUUCAUGCUGGUACGAAGACAAGACUGAGUGGGGUCAGCGUGUCGGAUGGAUCUAUGGGUCAGUGACUGAAGAUGUCGUUACUGGCUACAGGAUGCACAACAGAGGGUGGAAGUCAGUAUACUGUGUGACCAAGCCUGAUGCCUUCCGUGGGACUGCUCCAAUCAACCUAACCGAUCGGCUCCACCAAGUUCUCAGGUGGGCUACAGGCUCUGUUGAGAUUUUCUUCUCCCGUAACAAUGCACUUCUUGCAAGUCCAAGAAUGAAGAUUCUUCAAAGGAUUGCAUACCUCAAUGUCGGGAUAUACCCAUUUACCUCCAUCUUUCUUAUUGUCUACUGCUUCCUACCCGCGCUCUCUCUUUUCACGGGACAGUUCAUUGUGCAAACCCUCAAUGUGACCUUCCUCACAUACCUUCUGAUCAUCACAUUGACACUCUGUAUGCUCGCGGUUCUUGAGAUCAAGUGGUCUGGAAUUGAACUUGAAGAAUGGUGGCGAAAUGAGCAGUUCUGGCUGAUAGGAGGAACCAGUGCUCAUCUUGCAGCUGUGCUCCAGGGGUUGCUUAAGGUGAUUGCUGGGAUUGAGAUCUCAUUCACCCUCACAUCAAAAUCAGCAGGAGAUGAUGAGGAUGAUGAAUUUGCUGAUCUCUAUAUAGUGAAGUGGACCUCACUGAUGAUACCACCCAUCACCAUCAUGAUGAUGAAUUUAAUAGCCAUCGCCGUGGGAGUUAGCCGUACUAUAUAUAGUACCAUACCACAGUGGAGCAAGCUUCUGGGCGGGGUCUUCUUCAGCUUUUGGGUGUUGGCGCAUUUAUACCCGUUUGCUAAAGGUUUAAUGGGACGGAGAGGAAGGACGCCAACCAUUGUUUUCGUGUGGUCUGGACUCAUUUCUAUCACUAUAUCACUGCUUUGGGUUGCGAUUAGUCCCCCAUCUGGUGGUAAUUCACAGAUUGGUGGAUCCUUCACUUUUCCUUGAUUCAUCACAAUGUUGCAGUCUGAGAUUGGCAAGAUGGGGAUCGUCAUGAUGGAAGAGUUCUCGUAUGCUACUGGUCCUGCAUUUAGCCACUUUGUAGGAGAUACAAAUGAGCAACCUAAGAAAGAGUAGCAGGCUGCCAUGGCUUUCUUCUUACUCUUUGUGGGAGUUUUUAUUCUUAUAAUUUUUUUUAUUUUACUGAUUACAUUGGACAUAUAUGGUUGGUUCACAGCAGAGGAGGAAGAGGGGUGGGGUGGGAGGGGGAGAGUUCUAUGCAUAUGAUGGAAGGUAGUAUAUUGGACAAGCUGUUUGUACUAGUUAGAUGUGAAUUUGAGGCCAUCUGUCUACAGUAUUUUUCAUAGUCAUCAAGUCUCAACUUCUCUGCUUCUUGUAUUUUAGUAGACAUGUCUUCUAUAGAAUUUUUUUUUGUAGUUACCAAAUGUGGACUUUACGUUUGGCAGUAUUUUAUGAGUGUUUAAAAGGUGUA